AAAAAAGGCAAACUCUAAAUUUCUCCCGUUUUGGCGGCUCCGUUAUUUUCGACGGCCGUGUCACCGUCGGCAAAACCAAAAAAACGCGGUAAAAAAAGGGAAAUAUCUCCGAAUAGAUCUCCUAGUUUAUCGGCUCUUUGCUUCAUUUUUGUCACAAAACACCCCAAAGAACGUUUCAUAAUUUCUCAUAGAAUCCAAAGCUUAGUCCUUUUGAGCAUUUGAAGCUGAUACCGAAUGGAGGGAAUUGGAGGAGAUGGAGCAUCGGUGACAUCGCCGUUACCUCAAUGGGGUCACGAGGUGUGGAGGAUGUAUCAGUAUUAUCUGGAUAAGUCAACUCCGCAUUCGACUUAUAGGUGGAUUGGAACCCUUGUUGUGGUAGCUAUCUACUGUUUGCGGGUCUAUUAUGUUCAGGGGUUUUACAUCGUCUCGUAUGGUCUGGGGAUCUACCUGCUGAAUUUGCUAAUCAGGUUUUUGUCUCCGCUCAUUGAUCCUGAACUCGAAGGCUCCGAUGGACCUGUGUUGCCGACGAAAGGCUCAGAUGAAUUCAAGCCGUUUAUUCGUAGGCUACCCGAGUUUAAAUUCUGGUACACCAUGACAAAGGCUUUUUGCAUAGCAUUUCUCAUGACUUUCUUCUCCGUGUUUGAUGUUCCUGUCUUUUGGCCUAUAUUGCUAUGUUAUUGGGUCGUUCUCUUCGUUCUUACGAUGAGGCGUCAGAUCGGACACAUGAUCAAGUACAAGUAUAUCCCGUUCAACAUCGGAAAGCAGAAGUAUACGGGUAAGAAAGCUUCUGCGAGUAGCAGUGGCUACCGUGGCGAUUGAGGGAAGUAGCAUUCGGACGACGAUUCGUUAUAGUAGAUUUUCGCCUUCGGAGAAGAUGCAUUUAUGUUGUUUAUGGAUUUUGUUUUAACAUGCAGAAGACACUGACUUCCCAGAACUAAAACUUUUUUGUUUAUAUGCAUUGCCAAGAUUUGAUCAAAGUUUCUGAGAUUAUUGGCCAGUAAAUGUAUACAACAAACUAUUGUUUCUCUCCUUUGCCCUUAUAUAUGAGUAGCUUGUUGUUAGU